AUGUAUCGGGAAAUGGUUAACAGCGAGCUUGGCCGUGCAUCGAAGAGCACUGCAGUCGCUAUAUUCGAAAGAAGAGCAAAAGCAGUCUCAUCAAACAAUAAAUCGCCGAAGCCAGCCUCGAGAAAGGAUAAAAUCGAAGGAGAAAGCGAUGAGACAACCAGAAGAACUCGUCACCAAAUAAGCAGGCUCACAGAAAAACAACGAGCGAUACUCAUCACAACGUUCAAAGAACUGGAGAUCAACCCUGUGAAGAAUGCCCUCAGAGUACUCGUUAUGCUGUUCUCUGAGGUCCCUCAUUACAAGCUGAUUUGGCCUCAGUUCCGAGCAAUACCAGACUCUUCCCUGAUGAACGCUGUCGAGCUCAGAAGGCAUGCUUCGGUUUACAUGUGCGGCCUGGGUGCAAUAAUUCACUCAAUGACUCGAGAGAACGAUCUCGCCGUGCAGAUGAAACCGAAUCGCAAAGGCGCACAUCAAAUGGAAUGUGCAUCGGAUCCAUAUCGU